AGAAAAUAAGUAUGUUAUUUGAAAACUUUUUUUUUUUUGACCAAUCUCUUUUCUUCCUCCGGAAAUUUUCUCAUUUGAUGACUAUUUCUUCUGUAAUUUCAAACGGGAGGUAUGAGGCAAUGUCACAAAUCGCACUUUUUUUAGCUUUGAGAUGAUUUUUUAAAUUUCUUCUCACACCCCUCCCCAGCGCGCUCCCGGCCCGGGUGAGUAGCGACCAGGUGGUCAAUACAAGCCUUUAAUCCCAGCACUCCCGAGGCGGAGGCGGAGGCAGAGAGAAACAAUUCAAGGCUGUCCGGAUCUACAGAGACUUUCAGGCUAGCCAGAAUUAUUCAGCGAAACUGCUUCAAAUAACAAAACAAAAGGGGAAAAGAAAGUUUUUGCAUGUUUGAGCUCCCCGGAGGCCCUUUGUGACUGGAUGAGGGACUGUCUUCAUCCUCCAAUCAGGGCUUGGAGUCUCAGAGCUACACCAAUUGAAGGUUACCGGACAUUCAAUAAAGACCAAUCGGAUGCUAGAGCCUAGCAAGCGAACGGCAAUCAAUCAGAGCGGAGGAGCGGCAGCCGGGAGACGGCUGGCCAAUCAACGUGCGAGCGGUGAGGGGGGGGCGGAGCCUUCGUGCCAGGAGCAAUGCGCAGCGCGAUUGCGCUGCGGAGACUGAGCAGAGCCUGAACGGAGCCUGAACGGAGUCUGAGACCUGGACGAAGCUGGGUUGGAAACGAGCUGAAUGCAGAGGCUCACAGACUGAGCAAGUGUACCUCUCCCACCAGCCUCUCCACCAUGAUCCACAGUCUCUUCCUGAUCAACUCUUCUGGAGAUAUUUUCCUGGAGAAGCAUUGGAAGAGCGUGGUCAGCCGCUCUGUUUGUGAUUACUUUUUUGAGGCCCAAGAGAGAGCUACCGAGGCAGAAAAUGUACCUCCGGUCAUCCCCACCCCCCACCACUACCUCCUGAGUGUUUACCGACACAAGAUCUUCUUUGUGGCUGUGAUCCAGACAGAGGUCCCGCCUCUGUUUGUCAUUGAAUUUCUUCACCGAGUAGUGGACACAUUCCAGGACUAUUUUGGGGUCUGUUCCGAGCCAGUGAUCAAAGACAAUGUGGUGGUGGUCUACGAAGUGUUGGAAGAGAUGCUGGACAAUGGGUUCCCCUUGGCUACAGAGUCAAACAUCCUCAAAGAACUGAUAAAGCCCCCCACCAUUCUCCGGACAGUGGUCAACACCAUCACAGGAAGCACCAAUGUGGGGGACCAGCUUCCAACUGGGCAGCUGUCAGUGGUGCCUUGGCGACGGACAGGGGUGAAAUAUACCAACAACGAGGCCUAUUUCGAUGUGGUGGAAGAGAUAGACGCCAUCAUCGACAAAUCUGGUUCCACAGUCACCGCUGAGAUCCAAGGGGUGAUUGAUGCCUGUGUUAAGCUGACGGGAAUGCCGGAUCUCACUCUGUCCUUCAUGAACCCCAGGUUGCUGGACGAUGUUAGCUUCCACCCCUGUGUCCGUUUCAAGCGCUGGGAGUCAGAGCGCAUCCUCUCCUUCAUCCCCCCAGACGGCAACUUCCGGCUGCUCGCCUACCACGUCAGUGCACAGAACCUCGUUGCCAUCCCAGUCUACGUCAAGCAUAGCAUCAGCUUCCGGGACAACAGUUCACUUGGACGCUUUGAAAUCACAGUGGGACCCAAGCAGACCAUGGGGAAGACCAUAGAGGGUGUGAUUGUCACCAGCCAGAUGCCCAAAGGAGUCCUGAAUAUGAGCCUCACUCCAUCCCAGGGGACACACACGUUUGACCCUGUGACAAAGAUGCUGUCUUGGGAUGUAGGAAAAAUAAACCCACAAAAGCUGCCAAGUUUGAAGGGGACAAUGGGUCUCCAGGUCGGAGCUUCGAAACCAGAUGAGAACCCUACGAUUAACCUGCAGUUUAAGAUCCAGCAGCUGGCCAUUUCUGGACUGAAAGUGAACCGUCUGGAUAUGUAUGGAGAGAAGUACAAGCCCUUUAAGGGCAUAAAAUACAUGACCAAAGCCGGCAAGUUCCAGGUCCGAACCUGAAGGGAAAGUCUUGCCGAAGGAGCAGUCAUGGACACUUUUUCAUUUCUUACUUGUCUAAAAGUAAAAAAAAUGUCAGCCUGUUUCUUAAGUCCGUUCCCUCCAGGCUCCAUCUGCUCCCUUUCGUCCUCCGUCUUCAGCCACGUAAGUGAUGGAGGGAGAGAGAAGGUUCAUCUGGGAAAAUGAGGUCAAACCCAGCGCAGCUCUCACUGAGUCCUCAAGGUGUGGGCUGGAGAGCAGUGGCCCAUGACACUGCAUUUCACAGCUUUUAACAUAGUUGUUUUGGAGAAAGACUGGCCUUUGAUGUUUGGUUUCAGUCACCUAAACCCAAUGGAAGAUGUUUCUGUUGAUUUUUUUUUUUUUUUAAAGAUAGAAAGAUUUGAAAGGGGGAAAAAAAGAAAGAAAAAUGGGUGCUAGUCCAAGAAAGAGCAGUUGAGAUUUGAUUUGUGGGUCUGGGUUGUAACUUGGUGAUCAAGUGCUAACCUGGGUUCUGUGUUCGAGUCCCAGUUCAUUCCUGGCACCACCCACAAUGCCUAACAGAUCUGCUCUACAAGGGACAGGGCUGAGAAGCUGAUGUAAAGAGAGUUCUGAAGAGAGAUGUCGCAGUGAAUGGUUGGCGAGAAAAGCGAUGGGAAUCUCCCUGGGGGAGCUAAGACAAGCCAAGUGCACUGGUUUCUUUCUGAUUCCUCUCAUGUGUAGAAAGGAUUUACAUGUCCAGGACUUUCAAAGUUAAAGUCCGCACUUGACGUGAAACCACAGUGGGAUCCUCUGGAGAGUAAGGUGCCAUGGCCUGGCUCUUAAGAGUCUCACUUGAUGUUUGCACUGGCCCAUCGUCUAGGUGGGAUGGUUCCCUGCCAGAGCAGUUUACAGCCUCUUGCUGGUUAUCUGACUCCUCAGUGGGAUCGCCCCCAAAACAGCAGUGCUCUGUGCAGGCAGGUUUUGUGAAUGAUGGUGGUGGAGUUGAGGUGGGGACUCAACCACGCACAGCGGACCAUGCCCAUGCUUGGUGACCUCCAUUAAUGUUUGUGAGGCCAGACUGGCCCUAGGCCUUGCUUUUUCCUGUCUAAAGGUCCCAUCAGAAUCCCCGAGUGGGUGUGAGCCCACUGAGGACAUUCAUGAGUGCACAAAGCUGCUUCCCAUUGUCUGUACCUAUCAUCUACAGCUCCCAGACAGACAGUCAUCUACAACUCCCAGACAGACAGAUAGCUCCCGGUCCGCUCUUACAACUAAAAGAAGGUAUCUUAAACCUCUGAAUAAAGUUUAUACCAUAGGAGGGCAGGCUGUGUUGACCACAAGUAGACGCCCCCUGCACACCUUCCUCCCUCCCCCCCAGUUUAAACCAUGGCAGCUGAAGGAGCACAACUUUCCUAUGGAGUAUUUUUAAUCCGUUCCAAUGUGUCCAUUUUACUGAAUACAAAAAAGGCUGGAGUGUGGUUUUUAACUUUCACCUUAGGGAGCAGCUUGCUCUCUAUGUUGUACCUGGAGGGAAAGGGAGACCGGCUUCCUUCAGUCUGCAUGGCUCUCCCUAGAGUCCUUUUUUUUUUUUUUUUGGCUAGUGUUAUCUCGCUAUGGCCAGAACUUGUUUUUGCUGCCGAGUGGAGUUUCUUUGUGGUUUCCUUGUGGGGUGAACUGUGCUGUGUACAACUGAUGUCUCUCACCAGGAUCUGCACUAGUGUAACUCCACACCCUGCCGCAGAGGGGACACUUUCACAGGCUCUGGGGGAUUCCAAGGUUUCUUGGGUCACAGGGGACUAUUUAUUACCGGUCCCUGAAUGUGUUUAGGUUGGUAAGUGCAGCUCAUCUAUUCCCUCAAGCACAGCAUAGCUUGCUCUUCUAGGAAGAGACUGUGUUGGAGUAUGGGAUCUGUCAGACCUAGACAUGGUCGAUACUGCCAAGCCUUGCCGUCCCCACCCAGUGAUUGUCAGCAGAGGUUGUGCUGGGCGUCUCAAUAGCUGCUUGCUCCGUGUGUGGUCCAUGUGCGGCAGUAGCAUUUCUGUUUAAGUCUUAAUAAAGCUUUAUCAGUCCUGGGAA